AAGAAGCGUCCCCGUCGACGAUAUGACGAGAUUGAGCGCAUGUAUGCGUGCAGCUGGCCCGGCUGUUCCAAGUCGUACGGCACGCUCAACCACCUCAACGCGCACGUAGCCAUGCAGAAGCACGGCUCGAAGCGCCUACCCGCCGAGUUCAAGGACAUGCGGAAGGCGUGGCGUAAGGCGAAGCGGGAGGAGGAGCAGCGCAGGAUG